ACAGAACAUAGGACCUUCUGACUGCUAAUUUGGACUCCACGACUGACACAAGCUUCUUCCUGUUGAUAUGGCACCCUCAGCGAAACUGCGGAUAAUUUUUGGGGAGGAUGAUGUCCGCAAACUACUUUUACCUGCAGGCAUCCCAAGCACACUUCAGGACCUCAAUGAUGUUCUUCGAGAGACAUUUGAUAUUACAGGACCAUUCACUGUUAUGUACCAGGACAUGGAUUUCGACGGUCAGUUUUUCACUUUGACCUCGAUUGAGGAAGUACAAGAUAAAGCUAACCUCAAAGUAGUAAACACUGAACCAGUGAUCUUGAGUCUCACUACUGUGGACAUGUCAGAAGUCGAAUCUCCAGUUCCACUAUCUACAGAAGCAAGCUCCUCCGCAUCUGGAUGUGACACAAUCCUGUUGUCCUCCCCAGAUGAGAGUGGACCAUCCUACAGGUCUAAGCCAUGGCCAUUUAAGUUUGAAAUACCAGACUUUUCUUAUGAUAUAGACCUUGCACUGGAAGCAGGAAGGCAAGCUUAUGAAAAUGAUGGCACACUUUUGAACAACCCAAGCGUAACUAGUAGCAUUCUUGAGAAGCUUGCAGAGACUAUAUUUGGCUUCACAGCAUAUCCAACUGGCGUCCAGAUUUUAGCUGUUGCUGAAGCCUUGGUAGAAAAAUACCCAUGCCUCAAAGAGCCAGGGUCUUUUAAUGGCCUAUAUGGUUGGCAACAGAGGAUAAAGUAUAAAAUGGGCAACUACAGGGCAAAGUUAAGAGGUCGCCAACAAGCCAUUCCAGAGCUUGAGGUGAACACACUGAAGAGACGAUGCUCCAGUGAAGAGGGUUCACUUAAAGGCUUUAAAAGGGCAAAAAAAGCUGAAGUCAACUAUCUGCCACCACUGCCAUUUGGUGAGACUGAGGAAACCUUAGAGAAGGAGAGACUAGAUUUGCUGAAGGAAAUAAAGAAGAAGAACAAUGAGAGGGCAAUUAAUGAGAAAAUGGAGAAGUCUUUCAGCUAUGAGAAGAACAGAGGUUGUCAAGGAUUGCCCGCAAUCCAAGACCUCUUGGAGAGAUGGCCUUCUCUGUUCUGUGAAAAUCAGAUCAAAGAGGAGUUUAAGCGAAUAACCACAAUUCAUCUGGAGCGAACGUUUUUGUCCAGAUUGGACGGGUACACCACCAAACUCCUGGAGAUAUUUCGGAGGAAGGGCGGGACUGCAGGGACCAAAAUAAAACCAAUGUUGGACUCACUGAAUGAGCAUCAUGUCGAUGGCAGAAGGGACAUUAUCAUCCGUUGCUUAGUUGAGUAUCUUGGAGAGAGUGGAGAGGAGCUGAUCAAAGACUAUCAGGACGUCAGCCAAGAAGCAUUGAAAGAGGACUGCAGUAAUCACAUGAUGAAGAUCAUCGUCAUCCAUCCCAAUGUGGCACAGGAAAACCAAGUUCCCGUGAACGUGUCAGUCAUCAUAGAGGGGACAGAAGUUCUGGAGGACUGCCGAAGUGUGACAAACGCUUGCCUCCUGCUCAUGGGUGUCAUCUAUGCCGUCAACUUAAGUUACCCACUGAAACUGAAAUAUACGUUUGAAGUAUUUCAGAAGCUGUUUCUUCAGCUUGACAUCCUUAAAAUGUCACCAAAGGUCCAGUCUCUCCACAAGAAACUUUUAGCUUGAGUGUGCCAAUGUUAUUUGUGCUUUUGUCCAGCACAAACAAUCUCUUUAGAUUUUGUCAGUGAUUUCAAGUGUUCGUCAGUUUUAUAUAAGCUCUGUUUGUUCUGAUCACCUGAGAAUGUCAGCAAAUGUCCAGUCUCUCCACAAGA